AUGAUCUUGGAUUUUUGUUUUAAUUUUUUAUUUUCCUGGGGUCAAGCUGAAAAAGAGUUCAAAGUGGAGGUGGAAGCAAUUGGACGUGUUAGACACAAGAAUCUUGUAAGGUUGCUCGACUACUGUGUUGAAGGAUCUUACAGGAUGCUAGUCUAUGAAUACGUGGAUAACGGAAAUUUGGACCAGUGGCUUCAUGGUGAUGUAGGCGAUGUUAGUCCUUUGACCUGGGAGAUCCGUAUGAAUAUAAUUCUUGGAACUACAAAGGGAUAUGUUGCUCCGGAAUAUGCUUCCAUGGGUAUGCUGAAUGAGAAGAGCGACGUAUAUAACUUCGUAAUAUUGAUUAUGGAGAUAAUUACUGGAAGAUGUCCUGUUGAUUAUAGUCGGCCACAACUAGAGGUUAAUCUAGUUGAUUGGCUGAAGAUGAUGGUUGGGAACCGGCAAACAGAGGAGGUGAUAGAUCCUAAGUUACCUGAAAGGUCUGCUUCGAAAGCAACAAAACGUCUUAUUCUGGUAGCCCUACGAUGUGUUGAUCCUGACGCUCAAAAGAGGCCCAAAAUGGGUCACAUAAUACACAUGCUGGAGUUGGAGGACCUGCUAUUUCGCGAUGUAUGUGAAUACUUAUUCACCCUGACUUGA